AUGGUGCGAUUCACCGUGUUGGUCAGUUUCGUUCUUACUUACGUGUCGGGUGAUCUCGAGCCGACCUGCGAGAAUCACAAUGAUUCCACCGAGUGUCGAUUUAAUGGUGUAGUAGGGCCGCCGUCGUGUACCGGUGACGAAUGCUACACCAUGUGUUACUUCGAACGUGUUCUAAUCAGCGUGACCGGAAACGAAGAGUGCGGUUACAUUAAUAUUGCGGACUGUGGUUUGGUAUCAAUUAAACCUGGAGCGUUUAAAAAUCUUUCCAGUGGAUACUUGACACUUAGCGAAGAUAAUGCGUAUUACGACAAUUUGGAUCUUCCUCUGUACAACGAAACUAAUAACAUUUCGAUCUCACAAUCCGGAGUUUUUGCUGGCCUGCCAAAAUUAAAAUCCUUGAAUCUAGCCGGGCAAACCGUUCAGUUGUCUUCUGGAUUAUUCAAGGAACUAACCACAUUGGAAACUUUAAAAUUGAACCGGAAUAGCAUCAACCACAUACCACGAGGAACCUUCAAUGGAUUGUCUCAAUUAGAAGAGCUAAUCAUUUCAGGGAAUAAAAUUACUGCACUCACUCCUCAUUACUUCGAAGGACUGUCACAACUGUAUGUAUUGUGGUUGUAUGGAAACGAGAUUAACUCUAUUUCAGACGGUGCUUUUGAUGGGCUUCCUCAACUGAAAUGGUUAGACUUCUCUCGUAACCGUAUUUCAGCGAUUAACCGAACCACGUUCUCCUGCCUUCCGAAGGUAACAAAUAUAAACCUGGCUCAGAAUAAAAUAACCACCAUUGCUGCUGGAUCUUUCUCAAACGUCACUGAAUUGCGAAUACUUCAACUGGAUCGGAACGAUAUCAGGGAAAUUGCACACAGUACAUUUGAGGGUUUGUUCAGCGUUCUUGUGAUGAAGUGA